UUUUUCUCGGAAAGAAAUAACUUCCGCCUACAAACAUGGCGAAGACUAUUCACGUUUUUAAUUGUGACAAGUUAUGCAAUUUAAGCGAGGUGGAAUCACUGUUGAAAGCCGUUGAAAAGAGGGUUGCAUUCAAGAUUUCGAAAAUCGUGGAACAUCCGUUUAGGGGUGGACAAAUUACUAAUGAAGUCGAGAAAACUAUUCCCCGUUUGAGAGAUAUGGAUUACGCUGUAUUUGUUGUGCAUGCAGACGAAUGUUGUCUCUCGUUCAACGAAGAUACCGGCUAUGGAAAACUCUAUAGAGCUCUCAAGGGACAAGCCGGCUUAGACGAAAAUGUGUUGUUUGUCAUUGGUGGAGACGUCCAUUAUAAAGAUGAAGACGAGAAAGAAAAGCAUUUCCUUUCAGAUUGGGCACGAAAAGCCAUCUCUCACCAAUUUCGAGCGGAACUCCUGGAUGGAAGGAGAAGCUUUAUCCUUUCUUGGAACAAGAAACACAGACCAGUUCAUGAAGGAGCAUUAUUGCAUUACUUUGAUCCGAACAAGAAAGGACAGAAGUUUGUGUAUAAGCCCAAACCAGAACGCGAAGCACCCAACAUUGUCUCGCCAGCCGCCGUUGACAUUCAGCAGGAGGUAUGGCUAUGUUUGUAGAAGUAAACAAUUCAAUUCUUCCUCUAUGUUAUGCCGGAAUAAAUAUUAACUUUCUAUAUGGGUGAAAGUUUUCACUGAUAUUGGGCCUGCGGACUUCAUCUGUAACCUGAAAGGGAAUAUUUUCCAAAACCGGAGCUCGAGGAAAACUGUGAGCUUAGAAGAUUUUCUAAAAGUCAAUCCCUGCCUAGAUCCGGCUUGGGAUUAACUAGCCUCCAUUUGGCGCGGGAAAAUGUUCGGACAUUGGUCCGGGGACAUCAUCUGUUCCGAGAAGCGAACAGUUUUCCGAGAGCGUAGCUCGAGAAAAACUGUGAGCUUUG